AUGAUUGCCAGGUCGCCAUGGGAUCGACUGAAGACCAAAAAUUUCUAUAUGAUCCUAGUCCUUGUGGCAGUGUCUACGGUGGCCGUUUGGAUCCUAUCCUCUCCAUCACCAAAUUUACAGACCAUUGUCAGCAAAACCCAGUCAGGCAUCAAGAUGGCAUCAAGCUUGCAAAUAAAAGAGCACCAGGAGUUGAUAGUUGAUCCAACAUACUUGAGGCGGCUGGGGCUAGCAGCAGGCAACAGUGUGACCAGCGUCAGCGUGGAUGCUGUCGGCAAUCAACUUGUUGGCCUAGAUGAUGUGCCAGAUAUUCUCCCAAGUCCUAAAGUCACCUCGGGCCUGCCAGUCAUUGCCAGUGCUGUCCGGCCAGAUCUUUUCAAAGAGGCGGCUGUGCUGAUGAAAUCAGUGCAGUCUUUUCUGCCAGAGUACAAAGUUAUCAUGUAUGAUUUAGGAUUAUCAACUUCGGAACAAGUAUUGCUGACAAAAUACUGCAACAGUACAUGGAAUUGUGAGACUACGCAGUUCAAAUUUGACAAGUACCCGGCACACAUCAAGUACUUGAACAUUUGGAGUUACAGGCCAUUGUGUAUUCAGGAAACCUUGAACAAGUACGGGGCGGUGAUUUGGGUCGAUGAUGGUCAUUACUUUAUCAAUGGUAACCUGAGCAACACUUUGUCGCGGGCCAGGGAGUUUGGCAUUCAGGGCUGGACCAUCAAGGACCCUACUUCAUCCUUUACUCACCUGACGAUGUUCAAAUUCUUCAACAUGGAUCAGGGUUCCUAUUAUUUCCAGCAUGCGGUCGAGUCCUCCCACCUAGUGGUCUACAACACAGAGAAGAUCGCCAGGGACCUGAUGCUGCCCUGGGUGAAGUGCGCUCUCUUGGAAGAGUGCAUCAGUCCGCCUGGGGCUCAGAACUCUGGUUGUAACUAUUUCCGACGCCCCCUGUACAAGUACUCGGGCUGCCACCGCUAUGACAUGUCUGCACUGAACAUUAUCCUCGGCAAGGCAUUCAAGUUCGAGGAGGAGCUGUACACCAGCAAGGACAAGGUGUUUGGCAGUUUGUUACAUGACCAGAUGUUGGCCGAAAACAAAACGGGUCCAGAGUAUGAUAUGCGUUUAGGAGUGAAUCAGCAAGUGAAGAUUUAA